GCUAUAUAUUAAUUUUUACAAUUUGGCAAACACUUUUUCAUUGCCAAAUAAAAGAUGUCAUUCCUUUAUGUUUGUAGAAGUAAUAAUGUAAACUGAAAGAAAAAGGAAAAACAGAAUGUGGAGUUGUCAUAAAUGUGGGAAGCCCGUGUAUUUUGCUGAAAGAAAACAAUCUAUGGGAUAUGAUUGGCAUCCAGAUUGUUUAAAAUGUGAAGAGUGUGGAAAAAUUUUGAAGCCAGGACAACACGCAGAGCAUAAAGGUGUUUCCUACUGCCAUGUCCCAUGCUAUGGAGCUUUAUUUGGACCCCAAUUAUUUGGUCAUGGCACACGAGUUGAAUCACAUAAAAGUUUUGGAAAGGUUGAAAAUAAAACCUAUGGAGGAAUAACAAGAACUCAUCUUGAAACAACUAUCAAGUCAUACAACCAUUAUCAUGAUGUACAUGGAGGCAGUGGAGGAGUAAAAAGUAGAGAAGUUAAUGGAAGAUUGGUGCUAGAAGGAGUGUUGCGAUUAUACUGGGGAGUCCAGUCAGCCAUACAACUGAAAGAAGAUGAUGACCAACGUCUUCCCUCAAAUGGCGGAGAAUUGAAAACCCAUAGAAAAGUCUCGAGUGGCAUAUUCUACCAGAAUUCCAACAUCUCAUCGGUCGAUGAGUCUGACAGUGAGGACGAUUCUUUCUGUGAAAGUUCGCCAAUAAAUUCCAAGUCUAGCGCAGCUCCCAACGGUUCGGGGUAUGAGAAAAAAACGAGCGUGGUUCUCGAAGCAAAUGAUUUAACAAAAUUCAAUACCGUACCAUCUAAACUGGAUCCUAAACAACUGAAGCGAGAUGAAUUAGACGAGCUUAUGCAAGUAGAGAGAGAUUGGAAAGAUCAUGAGAAACCAUAUCAGACUUUACCCAACAAUAUCUCGUUGCCUCCGAUUGAACAGGUAGACGUAGGAACGAGCAAAGAGCCGAGUUCAACAGUUCUUGCCGCUGAAGAGGACGGAGCUUCGACAACAAAGUUCUCUGCACUGCGACGUCGACCAGGCAGGCGUUUCGAUAAAUCGAAACUAAGGCGACGGUGUUCCAUAAAUGGGCAUUACUAUAACAGGGAAACCAGCGUUUUCACCCCUCCUUAUGGUAGUACGAUGAGUGUGUGGACUACAUCCCUUGUAAAUACUCAGGAAGUGAUUAAUAUGCUUCUCGAUAAAUACCGCGUUGAAUGCCCUGCUAGUAAUUUUUCCCUAUUCGUUGUCAAAGAUAACGGAGAACGAAGACGAGUAAAGGAUGACGAAUACCCAUUGCUAUUGCGCGUGAUGCAGGGACCGGACGAAAGCGUCUCCAAACUUUUUCUAGUGGAAAGCGAGGGUGAAGGUAGUCACGAAGUAAGUGCUGCCGUUGCCCAAUUUUUACGCCUCAGCGAUUUUGAACUGCAAUCAAUUUUACGACUUUACUGCGAGGAAGAAGAACGCGAAGUGCAAUCGAUCAAAAAUAAGCAUCGGGAACUGAAACGUCGCAUUAAAAAACGAAUGCAGGAACUAAAAGUUAAAUUAUAAAGAACUUGGAGAUGUUCUCUACGAUCAAACCGCAACCCGAAUUUUAACUUUGUAAAAAAAAAAAGAAAAGAAAAACAACAAAAAAAUUAUUGCCGGACAUUUCUAAAAACUUCCUUCUUGACUUUUGUUCUCGCUGAAAAAAAUCUCUUACGAUCUGACAAAGAGGAUGUGCUUUGCACUUUCUUGAGGUGAUUUUGAGAUCUAGCUGGUCCCAGCAACGAGCUGACCCACAUUGUUCCAUUGGCAUUCCUACCCGAAGGUUUAACCAACGGAUUCUUAAAAAAUCGAAAAUCUCUUUAGUCCUAUCUUUUGCUUUAAUUUGUGCCAUCGCUUAUUCAUUAUCAUUCUGGUGUAUACCGAGCUCUCUCUCGGAUUUGACUUGCCCAAAAACAGAAAAGAAAUACAUUUGUUUUUAAGACGA